CUUUAUUCAUUCAUCACCACCUGAGAGUAGAGGUAGCUGACAACUCCAAACCGACCCUGCCGCAGCAGUCGUGCAACCUGGGACACCUGCUAGAUUGAUGGCUGCUAUUAUCAGCCGGAGAAAGCACUAUCAACCUUGGUCCGUCGCAUCCCGUCACAUCGGACCCCUCGUCAACUGAACGAACCGUCUCGCUCUCGCGAUUCUCAGUCAUUCGUUUAUACACACACUUUUUGUUCUGUCCUUCUUGACGAUCUGACGGCACCCUCCCUGGUCUUGGCUAUCUGGCAACCCCUCGCUCGCCCUCGCUCGUUUCAUCGACAUCGACACCCCAUAUACCUAGGAAUAGGACACAUAUACGAACGACAGUCAUUAACAAAUACUCGCUGCCUCAAUAUCGUAUUUGGACAGGCAGCGUUUCAUUCCAAUCCGGACACGAUCCAACAACAACACCAACCACUGCUUCAGCUACUUUCCAUCUCCUGUUUGCUCGGCGCAAUCACCAACAAACAAACAGAAAACGCCUGGUACUUGGUUAGCGGGACUUGGAAUUCAACCGCUGAACGAUGCUAGAGUGAACAACGGUUCCGGACAUUUUUAGGAUCCUUCUUUUGUCUCAUAAUCACCGCAUAUCGAGUAAAGUAUCAGUUAUCCGCCUACGCCUCAUGCCACCCGACUUGAUCAUCUCCUCACCAACCUUGCCGACUUGACCCAUUCAGCCAUGGUGAUCAGAGACCAUUCAGAUGGGUCGCGCGGCUCGUCCGCCGAGCCACCGUCAGAUGAGCCCUCCUCGUCAAGAUGGUGGCGUCGGGGUCGAAGGGGUAGCGAAAGUUCGAUAUCCAGCUUCGUCCAACGGCUCAGGUCACGGUCUCGAAAUAGGAGAAACUCGGUGACAGAAGACCAGUCGGAGGAAAUUUCCGACACGCGCGACGGGAGCAGCAGAAGAGCCAGUAAUCCGCCAUCUCGGGCGCCAAGCGAAGAGAGAUCGAGUCCCGUUGGAGGAGAAUCGAAAAGACCCAAGACUAAAGGCAGAUCAUCAACUUCUUAUCCACCCUUGAGUUUUUUCAACAGCAACAGUCGGCAACUAGCAUACCAACACCAGCGAACCCAUUCUUCCGCUGCCGUCUUACAACAACGUCCUUAUUCGACCCAGGAUGAGUCGAAAUUGAAAGCACCGCCACGUUUCAAGGAUACCACGGCUUCUACUCCUGACCAGGCACUGAGCGGCACAGCAUUUGGUGACGAGAGGCCAGAGACUGGAAGGUUAGCACCCAUAAAACCUGUGGGGUUGCCUCCUUUGAAGACUGCGAUGCCACCACCGAUCCACGACUUGCCUCACACCAUGUAUCCACCAAAAGAGCAAGAGUUUGUGUUGAGAACACAGAGGUCAUGCGCGAGGAUGGAGGAAGCGACAGCGGCUCGUGCCAGCCAAACAAUCUCGAAGAAGGGAAAGGAAAAGGCAGUAGAAAUGCCCACGAUGGUUGAAGCUAUUCAACAAUCCACUCUGUCAAAGGGUUGGCCACUUUCGACAACAGCAGGACCGGUAUGGGAUCAACAGGGGAUGUAUGAUCACCAACGGCGAGUGUACGGUCAAAGUAUGAUCUCUACAACGAGCACCGUUCCCUCAAACCGAGACAGCUGGGAAAGUCGACCGCACUACUCGAUUAUCAACAAUGGAAGCAUCACGAGCCUGGGAUCGAUGCGAGCACAAAGCCCGCCUGCUGGCCCUCGUACGUCUUUGUUGGAAAAGUUCCAGAAACCCGCUCAGAUAUCACGACCUAAACCUCCAGGGAGGAAAUCGAAGCCCGGAGAGUUGUUUGCUGCUCUGCCCGGUGAGGUUAUCGAGCUUAUUCUAGAGGAGUUGCGGAAACUCCACUUCAAGCCUGGGACUAACAGCUGCGCAACAUGUUGGAUGAGGGACUGCUGCAACAUUGCUAUAAGCGCCAGGAAGUUUCUCAAGUACGCCCGAGAAGCAUUGUAUGGGCACAUCCAACUUGUCGGAGCAGACGGGCAUCAUAUGAAGAAGCGAACGAAGUUGACUUACGGGUCAAGACUGGUUCUUUUACGCAGAACGCUACGUGGAAACUUGAGGAUAGCAGCAAUAGUGCGGUCAUUGAAACCCCCGGCUUUGCCAUCAGCAGCAUCUUCAGUGGAAGAAUAUAAUGAUCUAGUAGCAUCGGUCAUUCUGGCAUGUCCCAACUUUGAGCGGCUGGUUGGAUAUUACCCGACAUACGAUCAUACCUUUCAGCGGAUUUUCCAAGCUCUUUCAACACGUCAGAAGUUGAAAGAGAUGGAUUGGAUUCUGGAACGCUCGCCAUUGCAACGACAAAAGUCAACAGCCGCUAUCCGCCCAUUGACUGCUAAUGGGAGCAAAUACAAUCUCGCGAACGGCAGUAAACACAAUCUCGCCAACCUCAACAACAGCAGACACAAUCUCCACGAGCUGGAGCAUCUGUCACUUACUCAAUGUCGAAUGUUUAUCGACUUUCACCUUGGCUGGCAACAGCUCACCACGCUUGUGGUGCAUUGUCAUCCCGGAGCAACGCUGGCCCCUGACGGCAUUCUAGAUCAGACCUUCCGUAAUCUCCCAUCGCUGCAGAAUCUCAACGUCUCCCACCUUCCACGCAGCUCGUUUACCGAUGCGAACCUUCUUCAUCUUCCUCCCCGUCUCAAGAAACUUACCCUGACUCAUCUCCCUGGCAUCACCACUGCUGGACUUACCACGUACGCCAGUCGAUCUGCUGCCACAUCGCUUACUACACUGACACUCAUCCACAUGAACCUCGAAACGCUUCCCUCUUUGGCACGGAUCUUUUCUAACCUCGUCAACCUGGAUACCUUUAACCUCGUCCAACACCACGCCCCAGUCAUGCCUAGCGAUGAGAUGAUUUGGCUGUUUCCGUACCUUACCUCGAACUCCCUGCGCAAGCUUCACUGGGAUAUACCCACACGUACCACGACCACGUCUGCGGACGACAUCUUGGCGAAGAGCAUUCUUGCCGGCGGGUUUCCCCGAUUAACCGCCAUUCGCUGUCCGAAUGAUCCCGAAGGAGUUUUCCAGACUCUUUGUAAACCCAAAGAGCGCGCCGACCACCCGACCGAUCGUUAUCGUGGAGGCAAGAUGCACUUUACGCCCACCAACACCAGCGGGAUGAUCCACCACGCGCGCAGCCCCUCUGGAUUUGACUCGAUCGCGAGCAGCACGGGGAGUAUGACGAAUGGUUCCAUCGGCGACGACAGGGACACCAUCUCCACGCCAUCGACACCCACCGAUACUUCUUUUCCUCUGCCAACCUCCAGCGGCGUUGGCGGUCCGCCAUUGAAGUCUCUUCCCAUCUUCGCACCCAAACCCGGUUCUCUAGCAGAUCCCUUCCUCCUUUCGCACCGCGCGCAAUCAGACCUGCACCUCGCCCGGCUAGCCGCCCAAGCCCGCAUUGAGGCCGCACGCAAGUUUCCCCGUUUCUUUAUCAUCGUCACCGACCCCAACGGCGAAGUUGUGGACAGAUAUGGCGUUGGAGCAUUCAUUGGACGGACGGACAGCAAAAUCACUUAUGUUCUGACGGCCGACGAAGGGAGCGGCGCAACAGACGAAGGAGGUGGGCUGGUUACCGUGGAUAGAAUGCUGGGAGACUGUGGAGAGGCGUUGGUGUUGCCUCCCAAGUCAUCAAAGGCUAUGUCGGAGAAGGUUGAGAAACAUGAGCAUAGGCAUUCCAAAUCCUCGGAAGACAAAAAGGAGCAUCGAAGGAGCAGGAGCACUUCGAGGACUGGGAUGAGGGAGUGGUGGGGUGCGAGGAGCAAGAGUAAAAGUAGAGCUGCGGUGGCGGCGGAAAAGGCGGCAGAAAAGGCAGCGAACAAGGUGGAAGACGUGAUGGUGAAGACGGGUGCGGAGGAGCAAAGUAGGAUAAGGGAAGGGUGUAUUGGACGGUGGAAUACGUACAGUGGGUCAGCGGUUGAUAAAAAGGAUCGGGAGAGAUGGUGGCAUACCGAGAGGGGACGGUGGAGGCCAGUUGUGCUUUCAUGAUUAUGGAGAGAGGAAUGAUGGAUGAGUGAUGAACCCGCAAGCGAGCAGCACUGAAUAGGUGUUGUCUGGGUUGUGGUGAUAUAUGGAAGAGACGAUUUGCAAUGGUGGUUGAGGCUAUAAUAUAGUGGAUGUGUAUGCAACAUCAUUGAUGAUAAAGGAGAUAUUGCAUGUAGACAAGACAAUGUUCACAUAACGCAAAGACAUGGAAUGCCAUUAUGAUUGAGUGGA